CAACAGUACACCACCUCUCACUCUCUCUCUAUAGUCUAUACUUUCCGGCUCUACGUAUCUCGCCGGAAAAUGCAGCCGGUCGGGAGCAGCGACAAGAUCCGGCACAUUGUGAGGAUCCGGAAAAUGCUCCGUCGCUGGCGAAGGAAGGCUGCAUCGUCAGGUGGUCGCAUUAGGGUCCCGUCAGACGUCCCAGCCGGCCACGUGGCGAUCUGCGUGGGGAGCGGGUGCAGGAGGUUCAUUGUGCGCGCGUCGUACCUGAACCACCCCGUCUUCAAGGCGCUGUUCCUUGAAGCCGAGGAGGAGUACGGCUUCGCUAACCACGGCCCGCUCGCGAUUCCCUGCGACGAGUCGGUGUUCGAGGAGGUCCUCCGAGUGGUGUCCAGGUCCGAGUCGAGCCACCCGCCGCGACUCACCAUCGGUGACGACUUCCAGAGACGCUGCCACGUGGAGUCUCGGCCGUUGCUCCACGGUUUUGCCGAGAAAUCUAUAUGUUAAUCAACCAGUGAGUCGUUCCGACCGAGUGUAUUAAAAUUUCGUGUGUGGGUUUGCAUAAUGGGGUUGAAAACAAGUGGGUUAACGUGCGCAUGGGGCUCACAAUUCCUCUUCUAAACCUUGGCCGGCCAUUGAGUCAAGGGCUCUCUUGUAUAUAUUCUAAAAAGCUUAGGGUAUCGAGGCGUGUGAGGAGAGAUAAGAGGAAGUGAAGAGACCGCCAUGUCUGCAACUAAUAUACGCAUCGAAGCUCUCUAUGAAACAUUCUAAGCAACGGUAUAUUAAUUUUUCAUUUUUCUUUUUUCUGAAAAUAAAAAAAUAAAAAAAUUGGAAUGCAUGAGUUGAAAGUAGUUGUAUGUUUUGAUUUAGUAAAGUAGGUAGUAGCAUUGUUUGAGAUGAUUCCAAAUGUGGACUCCCCACGUACGUCUAAAGAAGAUUCCCUAUCACUUUUUGUUGUUUGUAAUUUUCUUUUCUUAUCAAAGUUAAUACAUAUAUUUGGCUUUUCUA